AUGGAAACGGAAACAAGUCAGACCAACAAUAUCAGUUCCAUACAAAUACUGAGAGACUCCUCUGUGUCCGACUGGACUCACCCAACCACCCCCCUACCACCCAUCCCAACCACCCCGACCACCCCCCUACCACCUCACCCAUCCCAUAACCACCCAUCCACCCACCCACCACCCCGACUACCUCGCCCAUCCCAACCACCUCACCCAUCCCAACCACCACACCCAUCCCAACCACCUCACCCAUCCCAACCACCUCACCCAUCCCAACCACCUCACCCACCUCACCCACCUCACCCACCCACCACCCUGACCACCUCACCCAUCCCAACCACCCACCAUCCCAACCACCUCACCCAUCCCAACCAUCCCGACCACCUCACCCAUCCCAACCACCCACCAUUCCAACCACCUCACCCAUCCCAACCACCUCACCCACCACCCCGACCACCUCACCCAUCUCAACCACCCACCAUCCCAACCACCUCACCCCAACCACCUCACCCAUCCCAACCACCCCACCCACCUCACCCACCAUCCCAACCACCCCGACCACCCCCCUACCACCUCACCCAUCCCAACCACACCACCCACCAUCCCAACCACACCAUCCCAACCACCCCACCCACCACCUCAUCCACAACCCCAACCAGCCCAUAUACCUCACCCAUCCUUACCACCCCACAACCCCAACCACCACCCCAUUCCAUAUACCUCACCCAUCCCAACCCACCACCUCACCCAUCCCAACCACCUCACCCACCCCAACCACCUCACCCCAACCACCUCACCCAUCCCAACCACCCCACCCACCUCACCCACCAUCCCAACCACCCCCUACCACCUCACCCAUCCAAACCACACCACCCACCAUCCCAACCACCACCUCAUCCACAACCCCAACCACCCCAUAUACCUCACCCAUCCUUACCACCCCACAACCCCAACCACCACCCCAUUCCAUAUACCUCACCCAUCCCAACCACAACCACCUUACCCACCACCCAACCACCUCACCCAUCCCAACCACCUCACCCAUCCCAUAUACCUCACCCAUCCCAACCACAACCACCUCACCCACCACCCAACCCAUCCCAUAUACCUCACCCAUCCCAACCACCUCACCCACCUCACCCAUCCCAACCAUCUCACCUAUCCCAUAUACCUCACCCAUCCCAACCACCUCACCCACCACCCAACCACCUCAUCCAUCCCAACCACCUCACCCAUCCCAUAUACCUCACCCAUCCCAACCACCUCACCCACCUCACCCAUCCCAACCCUCUCACCUAUCCCAUAUACCUCACCCAUCCCAACCACAACCACCUCACCCACCACCCAACCACCUCACCCAUCCCAACCACCUCACCCAUCCCAACCACAACCACCUCACCCACCACCCAACCACCUCACCCAUCCCAACCACCUCACCCAUCCCAUAUACCUCACCCAUCCCAACCACCCCAACCACCUCACCCACCAAAUCCAACACAAACCAUCACCUCCAUCCCCUCACCCACCCCUCCCAUUACCUCCACCCACCAAUCACGAUCAGGCAUCGGGCUUGAAGACCAGUAG